GCUGUCCGAGCAGGAGGCACUUGGAGUGAGAGGUCCUUCCAUCCGCCGCCCAAGCCAAGCCGAGCCGAUGGGAGCCGACGGAGCCCGCGCUGCCCCGCAGCCCCCCCGAGGCGCCUCCCUCCGGGCCCUCUUGUCCCGGCAACUCAAGCGGCACCCCGGACUUAUCCCCCUCAUUGGCUUCAUUGGACUCGGACUGGGCAGUGCCGCCCUCUACCUUUUGAGGUUGGCCAUCUACAGCCCCGAUGUGAGCUGGGAUAGGAAGAACAAUCCUGAACCAUGGAAUAAACUGAGUCCCAAUGACCAGUACAAGUUCAUGGCCGUCUCUACGGACUACAAAGCCCUGAAGAAGGACCGCCCAGACUUCUGAGGUGACCAGGCCAUCUCUUGCUCCUUUGUGAGCCACCAAGUGCCAUUAAUUUCAGUUCUGUAUAUGUCAAGCUACUGUUGUUGUUGUUGUUGUUGCCGGUGUUGCUUGCCUGUUAUUUGCUACAUCAAGGAACCCCAAGGAAAUGUAAACAGUCCAUCCAGGAUAUACAAAGGAAAAUAUUAACUUAUGCUCUCUUUUCCCUUCGUAAAAUGCUCCUGUGUGUUACAGUAACAACAAAGCAACUCAUUUGUUAAAGAGAGGGGGAGGGAAAAGAGAAAGUGAAGGAAAUUCAUUUUGCAUACUCCCUUUGGGUCUCAGAAAGGCUUUUCAGUUCAAUGUUUUCCCAUCUCCAUUUUGUGAAUGUCCCUGACUCCUCCACCCCACCAUUUGUGGUGUUUCCUGUCUCCCACACCCAGAUUUACCAUUCCCACAAGGAGUAGGGGACACAAGACAGUAGAUUUCAGAUGUGGAGAUGCCAAUUGAGGUCCAAAGGGGGAUGCCAUCCAUAUUAGAGUCAGUCUGGAGGAAGUGGAUCUGUAGGAGUGAGAGAAGGGCUAAAGAAUGAGGCAAGACUGCUUGGCAAAUGUUAUGGAACCAGUUUCAGAAAACCAGUUAUCUUCGUGAUUAGCUGUGCGGGAGGACAUUAGAUGGUGGGUUCACUUGCUUAUAUGCCUGGCCAGUUAGAUUGUUAUACUUAUGUAUCUGAAUACUAUUAUAAAGAUGUUUGAACAGCA